AUGAAUAAUAAUCAAAUUGAAAUAGAUCUUAAUCAACUUCGAGAUCCAUCAGGAAUAUUUGAAUUAAUCGAAGUUGUUGGAAAUGGAACAUAUGGACAAGUUUAUAAAGGUCGUCAUACGAAAACAGGUCAACUGGCUGCUAUUAAAGUUAUGGAUGUAACACAAGAUGAAGAAGAAGAAAUCAAAUUAGAAGUUAAUGUUUUGAAAAAAUAUUCAAAUCAUCGAAAUAUAGCUAUGUAUUAUGGAGCAUUUAUAAAUAAAUGUUUGCCUGGAAGAAAUGAACAUGAUCAAUUAUGGUUGGUUAUGGAAUAUUGUGGUGCUGGAUCAAUAACAGAUUUAGUUAAAUCAACAAAAGGAAAUUCGUUAAAAGAAGAAUGGAUAUCAUUUAUUAGUAAAGAAAUUUUAAAUGGUUUAAAUCAUCUUCAUUUAAAUAAAAUCAUUCAUAGAGAUAUUAAAGGACAGAAUGUUUUAUUAACGGAAAAUGCUGAAGUUAAAUUAGUUGAUUUUGGUGUAUCAGCUCAACUUGAUAGAACUAUUGGAAGAAGAAAUACUUUUAUUGGAACACCUUAUUGGAUGGCACCUGAAGUAAUUGCAUGUGAUGAAAAUCCUCAAGCUACAUAUGAUAAUAGAAGUGAUAUAUGGUCAUUAGGAAUAACAGCUAUUGAAAUGGCUGAAGGACAACCACCAUUAUGUGAAAUGCAUCCAAUGCGAGCACUUUUUUUAAUUCCACGUAAUGUAGCACCACGUUUAAAAUCUAAAUGGAUGGCACCUGAAGUUAUUGCAUGUGAUGAAAAUCCUCAGGCUACAACAUAUGAUAAUAGAAGUGAUAAAUGCUCAUUAGGAAUAAAAGCUAUUGAAAUGGCUGAAGGACAACCACGUUUGUUAUCUUUCUUUUUUAUUUAA